ACAGCAACUACUGGAUCAAAGACGAACGCGGCACGAAAUAGAGAUGCUGUAAGAGAAAAGAAGGAAGCAAGGUUUCUCAUACAGGCUGUGCUGACCUCUUUUACCUAUGUGAUUCUACUCAUCACCGGAUACGCGUUUGCGUCUCUGACAACAACAGAUUUCGGGUUGUUUCUGUGCACCACUCUGGUCUGGGCUUUCAUACACACAGCUGGAGGAGCGAUUUUCGUCGUGUUCAACCCAGAAAUUCGUCGACAUCUCCCGUGCGUGCCAAAGCAGUCAUCAGGACCUGACCUGACCAUUACAAAUGUUCGGGCAGCACCUACGAUUACGAAUGGCAACAAAUAG